UAUGAUGACUUCGAUCACGUAGGCUACGAUACCCAUGGAAACAAGGUCGUCAAGUCGGCGAGUGCCGCCGGAGCUGGUGAUCGUAUCGAUCAAGCCAUUGAGCUGCAGGACAACAUGGCCAAGGGGAAGUUUGUCGUACACGAUAUGUUGAACGAUCGCAAUGUGCAACUCUCAACUCGGCAGCUUGAAUUGAUACGUCGUGUUCAAGGUGGUGCAUUUGCUCAUCCUGAGCACGACUCCACUCCGGAGUACAUCGACUAUUUUUCUGGCGUUAACAAGGAAAUUUCUGGUUUGGGCUCUGACCAGUAUGAACGGAAGGCCCGUUUUCAACCCAGCAAAUGGGAGAAGAUGCAGGUCGAUAAGCUAUUGGAAAAGUUGGAAAAUGGCGAUAUAAAUAUGGAUUAUUUGACAGGGAAAAUCCGCGACAUGAACGAAGUACAUAGGAAGAAGGAGGGUCCAGAAAAGCCAUUUAUGCUGUGGACCGGCGAAGAGGAAGACCUGUUAAAUAUGAGAAAAGGACCACAGCAUAUCGCUGCUCCAAAGCUUCCGCCCCCAGGUCAUGCGGAGAGUUAUGUUCCACCCAAUGAGUAUCUACCUACCGAGGAGGAUCUUAAGAAAUGGAAAGAGAUGGAACCAAAAGACCGCCCCCAUGGCCAUCUGAUUCCCAAAAAAUUCCCAAACCUUCGUUCCGUUGGAGCCUACGAGCAUUCCGUACGAGAAUCUUUUGAGCGCUGUCUUGAUCUAUAUCUCUGUCCACGUGUUAUGAAGCGGCGACUGAAUAUUGACCCCGAAAGCUUGGUUCCACGUCUACCCCGCGCAAACGACCUGAAGCCCUUCCCGACAGCCAAGUGCAUCGAAUAUAUUACGCCUUUUGAGGGCAACGAAACUCCGACUAUUCGUUGCGUUACUGCGAGUCCUGAUGGUCAAUUCAUGGCUUCUGGGGCUUCUGACGGCUGCGUACGGAUGUGGGAAGUCGAAACCGGACGAUUGUUGAGAACCUGGGAUCUUCAUUUUUCAGUCGUAAAAGCUUCGACUACCGGCGACGACGAAAGUGCCAUGAGAACGAAGCCUGUCGUAUGCUUGGAAUGGAAUCCAAACCGAUCUCACCAUUGCUUACUGGCUGUUAUCGCAGAGUAUGCUGUCGUGAUUGCAACAGGAACAGCUAACGAAAAGGAUAUGGAAAUCACUGAAGCGGUGCUUGCUGCUGCCUCAAAAGGAGGUAACAUGAGUAGCGCCAAGGCUAGCAAAUCUGUUCAAUGGAUCCUUGUUGAGUCGGGUUUAGAAGAGAAGCCCGUAAGCGUUUAUGGUUCCUUGAGUGGUCCGAUCUGUGCAUUGAAAACAAAUCGCGAGAUGACCAACGUUCGUUGGCACGCAAAAGGUGAUUACUUCGUUUCUGUAAAUCCAAAGGCAGGAUCAGCGGCGGUUUUGAUACACCAACUGAGUAAAGGAAAUUCGCAGCAGCCUUUCAGUAAAGCAAAGGGUGAAACGCAACUCGCUUGUUUUCACCCGAAUAAGCCUUUUUUGUUUGUUGCUAGCCAACAACAUGUCCGCAUUUAUCAUUUGGUAAAACAGAACAUGGUUAAGCGCUUGGCCUCCGGUUGCCGGUGGAUCUCUUCGAUCGAUGUGCAUCCAUCAGGAGAUCACUUGAUAGUUGGGAGCUUGGACCGUCGCAUGAUUUGGUUUGAUCUUGAUUUGAGUUCGACUCCAUACAAGACUCUGAAGUAUCACGAACGAGCCCUACGUUCGUGCCGAUACCACAAUCGCUACCCACUCAUGGCCAGUGCUUCCGACGAUGGCGCAGUGCACGUCUUUCACAGUAUGGUCUACAGCGAUCUAAUGCGAAAUCCUCUCGUUGUACCAGUAAAAAUUCUUCGCGGUCAUGCUGUGACAAAGAAACUUGGUGUGCUCUCAAUCGUCUUUCAUCCGACGCAGCCCUGGAUAUUUACAGCUGGUGCCGACGGUAGGAUCUUCCUUUACCAAGAUAUUUAA